GGUAGUUACUAGAAAUUGAGGGCGUCGUAUCUAUAGUUAAUAAAAUCCCUUGAAAACAAAUACAUACAUAUAUGAAAAAUAACUUAAACAUACGGACAACUAAAAAUGAGAAGAAUGCAAUAACGACAGCACCAACAUGGAUACUACAGUAAAAAAAUGAAAACGAGCAGCAGAGAAAUCGUUAACAAUAAACGAAUUAAACAUUGUCGUACGACCGCCUUUUAAUCCAUUUCAUAUCAUUUAACUAUUUGCACCAAAUAAAUUAAAACCACCGUUUUUUUCUGCUAAAUUAUAAAGCAUUAAAAGUAACACAACGAUCCUUGCUGACGGCUAGGCAGAUACACUGAUGUAAAUUAUCGCCAGCCAAUAAAGUGCUCCAAUACCAAAAUGGCAUUGGGUCGAGUUAAAGCAAUUCCAAAGCAAUUAUUUGUAUCACAUUAACAUCAUAAAUUCAGUCCGUGCUUAUUUACCUUUCGAGUAAUGCACCACACAGUAUGUUUCAUCUACAAGGCCUUGUCCAAAAACAUGCCUACACUGUAAAUUAGAAGCUACAUAAACUUACAUAGCAGUUAUAGUGAGUGAGAGUGAAUGCUCAGAAUGUAUAGAGCUGAACAAGUAACUUACAAGCAACAGAGCCCAAACAACAAAUGGCCUAACAAUCAAUAGCCGACCAAGCGGUUCAUAUCUUACCAAAGCCAAAAUAGUACAUCAACCAUCAUUAGCUGUCUCAGCAGCCAGCCGCCAACUAAGCCAUCUACACCAUUGCCGUCAACCCGCCGCCAAAAAAAAAAUAAUAAUCACAUAAAUACACAACAACAGAGGUUAGAGAGGACACAUUAACUAGUCAAGUUUGCAAAACGCUUUAGCCAAUCAACCUUAUCAGGCAAACAACUAACCCGCCCAGGAAACAACACAAUUCGGCUCCAAACGCGGUGACGUACUCCUAUUAAAAUGAAUGCCAGUCUCAUUUACGAAAUCCUCAUGUAUUUGAAUUCGUUUUACUUUGGAAUGUACGCCAUAUUUGAGAUUGGUGUCGGUGUUCUGAAGGCAAUCGGAUUGAAUUAUACUACGCAAGAGUUGACGCGAGAAGGGUGCAUAUUACUCGCAUUGUGCAUUGUGGAAACAAUACGAAUUGUAUUAGGUCGGAAGAGCAGUUUAAGCGAUCGAGGCUGGCAAGCAACAGCAUCCGUAAUAUUAACACUGCCCAGUCUUGCUCUUGUUAUCUAUUUAUGUCUUUUUCAAACCUAUGUUCUCAAACUCGAAUUGAUUCUGAGUGCCUUAAUGAUAGCCCUCCAAGGUGCUGAACUAGUGUAUGCCUGUGUCUUCAUCUGCACCAUGUUUGGCGAUGUUUCGUAUACCUAGCAGUCGAUAAGAAUUUACAUUAAAGUUGUAACGACGAACUUGGAACAAUUUCAUGUAUGAUUUGAUGCAUGAAUAAGCAAUGUUAAUGAUUCUACAUAAUGGUACUGAUACAAGAGUUAGGACGAAUACGUAAAAACUAGCUCGUUUUGUACUUCGAAAUCGAAAACACAUAAAGAACGAAAGUAAAAAUAUAGGCAACUUUUAGCGAAAAGCUCACAACGUUAAUCUUCAUGGUCAGAAUUGCAAGAAUAAGCAGAAGAAGUGAUGCAUUUCCUCAAACGAAAAUAAUACACAAUUUUAGCAGUGAAGCCAACUCAAUAGCCUAACUGUAGUGCAACUACGACAAACGCCAUACAUACAUAUGCUCUUGAAAUGUAGUUGAUGCUUUUAAUAUAUAAGAGAUGACCCGAAACUAAGCCUAUGAUAUACAUAUACAUAUGUAAACCAAUAUUUUGAGACCAAUUUGAGCAUUUUCCUAUGUCGAAACCACUUAGGCUGUU